CACGAGUCCAAGUGCCUUAAAUGUCAAAUGAAGAGGUGAAGGAUUACGUGGGUAGCUCCGAGGGCGCGUAACAGCUGGUAGGAUAUAGCAAGAGCAAAGCUGCUAAACACCUUCAUUGCCAAGAAUGGCUAGCAUUCUUAGCGUUGUUUUGUCAGAUUAGAGUUUGAUAAAUUGGUCGACAAAACAGUAUCAUGGCAGAAAGGAAUAUGAAGAUGAAGAAAAGAGUCAUCAAAGAAGGGAUCCUUCAUAAAAAGACCAGCUUGCUGAAGCAAUGGCGUCCUCGGUUUGUAGUUUUGAACCGACAGAUGCUGUGCACUUUCAAGAAGGAAGACGACCAGAAAAGAGGACGAACUGCGGAAGCAAGGAUCUUCCUGAUGGACAUUGAAUCCAUAGAGAAGUGCGAGAGUAAGAAGCGCAAACACUGUUUUAAUUUGAUCGUAGAGGGGAAGCCUUUCUUCAGCUUCAGUUGUAGUUCUGAGCUGGACAGAGAAAUGUGGAUGCGAUCAGUACAGAUAGCUAAAGAGAACGAGCUCAACGAAGAGGAAAACGAUCCAAUAAGAAGAAAAAGCACCAAACUAACUGGAGGACUCAAACGGAUAACCAUCCAGAGAGAGAAAGGACAGGGGCUCGGUUGUACAAUUAAAAAUGUCGGUGGAGUUAUCCUUGUCAACAGAAUUCUCGAAGAUGGGCCUGUUUCGACUUCUGGCAUCCUAAGGCCGGGUAUGUAAAGCUUCUAUGUCUUAAUUAAAAGUUUGAUCAGUGAUGUUUACUAGUAACCUGAACUUUAGAACAUAAUCUUUUGCAGGAGGAUGUAAUGUCAUGUUUCUUUUCAUGCCGUCUACUGUUUAUUCGGAUAGCAUCUGAUCUCUUGAGAAUUGGCGGCAGAUAAACACCAAGAAAGCGCUAAUUUUCUGUUGAAUGUGGGGCCUAAUUUCAUAGAUAAAUUAAUCCUAGCAACAUAAAUUGCCCUUGCGGUUAAAAUUUACGAAGACAUCCGUGUUAAUAUCCACAAAUUUUGUGCGAUGAACAAAACGUACAAAAUUCAUGAACAGAAUUAAAUUUAUUCCAUGUAUUAGGACCACAUCACUCUUAGGGAGUACAGGUGUUUUGUUUAUUUGGAACAGAAUUUUGUUAAAUUGUUUAAAUUUUUGUUCCGUGUCACCACAGUAAGUUUUCAAAGUGGCAACAAUUUACCAUCUAACGUGGUUUUCUGUCAGUUUUAGUUCACUACAGCCUGUAUCUCACAAGAGUUAAGAUUUAGACGAAUUUUAGGUAUUGUUCUUUUCGACUAAUUAGUAAAUCUUUUAAUAUCUUAUUCAGAAGCGACAUAAAGCGACUUUACAUCUGUUCAAGACCUGCUAAUUUCCGUAUGCAAAUUGACGUACUGCACGAAAUUCACGCGAGCUGUUUGCAUCAUUUAUCAAUAUCCAUUGUUUUGUCGUCGAAGGAAAAAAAAAUUCGACCAAAUCUUCAGCGGCUUUUGUGACUAGAAGAUAUUGAUAACGGUUUAGUGUAGUAAAAAAAGUGGAAUUUUAUUUAAAAAAUCGCUGUUUUUUUAAGGGAAGUUCACUUUUUCCCAUUUUUACUUUCUAAAGGGAAGAAAUUGCAUCGUCUUUAUUACAUUUUUUACGUCAGAACAUCUGCAUGAGUCCAAUAACUUAUUAUGAACUAAAAUUCGUUUUUCAAGAUAUGAUAUUACAUUUAUUUGUUCAACAUGGCAUAAAUUCAAACUCCCUUACCUCCGCUGAUACCGCAAUUUUAAUUGCUCUUUCGAGUUUCAGGUUAAAUUUAAAAGAUUUUCGACUCAUUUUUAAACAAUUAGAGAGGAAAGUGAAAUGCAUGACUCAACAAGGAACAAAGGCGGUUUUUUUUUUUGUUAGAAGGAAUCAUCUGAUAACAAUUCUAGAACUUUCAGUUUCUUGAGAUAUAAUUCAUAAUGGUGAUGUUUGCUGUACUUCAAAAUAUUAUUGUCAAAUUGUGCUUGUUUUUUUAAAUUGGUUUCUGUCAUAUUAGGACAUUUUGUUCCUAAUAGUUUGGCAUGUAGCAAUUAAAAAACCAUCAAUUUGUUAGAUAUGAAUACAUAACAGGUUUUUAUGCCUGUCAAAUCUAGCAGAUACUAAAUUAAUCUCUUGCUCUCCUGCAUCGUUUCCUGACAAAUUUCUUAAAUAACAAUAAAUUUAGAUAAUUUUUUUUUGAAAGGGGAGGUCAAAUAAAUUUGACCUGCAUGAAAAACAUGUUUGGUUCUCCAGCACGAGAAUGGUCAUAUUUGGUAAUUUUCCUUCAUCAAUUUUGGAGUAUGGUGUUAAUUUUAGAAACUCCAUUUUGCAGAGAGAGUGUAGGAAGAAGGGCUCAAGAAAUUAACGGGGGAAGGAUGUUAUCAAAAGUGGAAAACAUCCCUACAUUUCAUAUUUUAAAGGUUGACAUCUCUGGUUAUCAUCUCAGGUUGUCAUCUUGUGACAAAUUAAAUUAAUUUUACCUAUUUUCUCCCUCAAACUCCCAGAAGUGAUUAAAAUCUAUUUUCUCCCUUUAAUAUUCAUCCAUUUUCUCACAAACAAUUAAUCAGAAUACUCAAACUUAUCAGGUAGAAGUUGUUCUGUUGAUCUAACACCAAAUCCUUCAAAUGAAAUUACAAGGAAAUGUGUAGCACCUAGAGAAGUGACAGGUAUCCUAACAAAAGUGUCUUAAAAUGUAGCUCAAAAUUUACCUUCUUUUUUAUUCUGCUUGUAUUUAACUCUAUUUCAUCUCCCUUAACACAGGAGACCAAAUCCUUGAUAUCAAUGGGAUUGAAGUUGGCGGCCGCUCUGUUUCGGAGAUAAGUGAAAUAAUCAAGGGAAGUCCAGAGCUAGUUGUUUGCACAGUGAAACCAUUCUCUGAUUACCGCUACUGCGACACACACUCAACAGGUCACACAGAAUAUGCUGAAAUAGACUUGGAUUCUCUUAAAGCUAAGGGCAAUGACGACAGCAGCAAUUCUUCACAAGAUGGUGGCUCUGAUAGUCCACGGGAGUCCAAUGAUCAGAAAAUACAUAGUGAUGAGGUAAAGAAAAGACACUCACUACCAACUGUCUUGCCAGACAUUCAUUCUGCUAAAGAUUUUCAUAAGGGAGACACUGUCAACUAUCUCGAGCUAAACUUUCCCCAGAAUGAUCGCCCACGUGGCAGAAGCGAUGCAUCACGUUCCCCACAAGUGCCCCACAGAGCUGGCAGAGAGCGCAACAAGCCAGCUGCUUACAUAGAACUUGAGUUUAACAAGAAGGAAAAUAAGUUUCAAGAAGUUGGCAAAGAAAGUUCUGAUGCUAAAGCAGGAGAUAGGAAAAGUUCUUCGCUACCAAGAUCAUAAGAAAUUGGAGCUGUAUGUAACUGUUUUUGUACAGGAUUUAACCUACUAAAAUGUCACUACACUUUCAAGAAGAAAGGUGAAACUAAGAGUGAAAAUAUCAAAUAGGUAAUAUUGUUUGAUGUAACAACCAAAUUCCUAGAGCUAAAAAUUAUAAAACAUACAGAGUUGUCAUUAGAAACCAGUAGGCGGUGGAAUGCUAGCUGUCAGUUGUGUCCCAGUAUGGACAUAAUCAUGUCCCACGUCUUGGGAGAGUUUGAAAUUGCAAUUUUUUUCCAGGAAGAGGGUGCAACCAGACACCCCUAGAAGUAAGGGGGGGGGGGGGUAAGUUUCUUAAGAAACUGUGUUGCUGCAUCAGUGGGAGAUUAUAACAAAGUAAUUUAGUCUUAUCAACUGAUUUGAUAACAUAAAUUGGCCACCAUUGGCUCUGACAAAGCAUUAUUGCUUAAAACAUCAGCUUUGAAACUCUUCACGGUGGCCAAUUUACGUUAUCCACUCAUUUGAUAAUACUAAAUAACCCCCCCUCCUCCACUUUGUGACAUACCAUGUUUGCUAUGCAAGCAUUGUUCAAUUGAGCCUUUUAGUCAGUUCAGAUUUUAAAUCUAUCCCAUUUCCUAAUGACAACCCUGGAAAUAUAAAGGAAAUAUUUUGGACAAUUCAUAUUUAAAUCUUGACAGUGGAAGUGUGAAGAUUACAGGUAGAGCACCAAAUGUAAUGGCCUAGAACAAAUUGGCCUUAACCCUUUAAGUCCCACUAGUGACCAAGACAGAAUUUCUCCUUACACCAGUAGUGCAAUAUCAAGCAGACAAGUGAUGAGAAUGAAGAAAAAUAUCAAUUAGGGGCUUAUUGGUUGAUCCAAUUCCAAAUUCUCCAAACUAACAUCAGGAGAAUUGUAUGGCAGGCAGUAAGGAGAAUUACAAAUGAAAUCUUGAGAGUUAAAGGGUUAAGGUGGCUAAGAGAAAAAAAAACAGUGAGCGGAAGAAGAGAAUGGCUCACUUGGUUGUGUUAAGAAGUGCCCAAUGCAAGUUAUGAUAAUCUUUGUUAAUUUUUUUUUCUUUUUCCUAUCCAACUUUUCUGUUAAUCAAAACUACAACAAAAUUCUCAAACAUGAUUGGUUAUCACUUGCCCAAUUUGAGCACUAGUGGGAUGCAUCAUGCUUUUAGUGGGACAGUGUAAGUGGAUGUCAUGUCUGCAUAAUUGGACAGUAGGUGUCUAACAGUGCAUGCUGUUGUGGCAAAUUGUUGUGCCGUAGUUCCUCUUGUUCAAAUCAUGGAUUCUUUAUUAGAACUUUUCUUAAUUUACUUCCUGGUGAUAAUUGUAAAAAAUAUGCCUAACAUCAAGUAUAAAUUUCUUUUUUUAAUAUUAAUUUGUGUCAACUCAGAACUCUUUUGAAGGGAGAUCAAGUGGAAAAAAUUGUGACAUGUUUACAAUUUUAUUGUAAUUCUAUUUUAUCCUAUUUAUUGACAAACCUACAAUUAGAUCAUUAUACUUUAGGGGAAGACCAUUUAUUAGACAGAGGAGAAUAACUUUAGCUCAUUCAUGGUGUUUAAUGUUCCCACGAGCUUAAGCAUUGAGCCAUGAUUAUGAGUCGUCAUAAAAAGUGAACUCUUCAUUUAUUAGACAGAGGAGAAUAACUUUAGCUCAUUCAUGGUGUUAAAUGUUCCAAUCAGCUUAAGCAUUGAGCCAUGAUUAUGAGUAGUCAUAAAAAGUGAACUCUUCAUUUAUUAGACAGAGGAGAAUAACUUUAGCUCAUUCAUGGUGUUAAAUGUUCCAAUCAGCUUAAGCAUUGAGCCAUGAUUAUGAGUAGUCGAAAAAAGUUACUCUUCUGAUAGAUGCUAGGAAUCACUGAUAAAUAUAAUUUAUUUGAAAGCCUACAGCACAGAGUAAGUGUAUAUACUAAAUACUUGUUGUGUGCAUUGU